ACGAAGCUCCCCUCGGCUACAGCAUCGAGGACGUCCGCCCUGCAGGAGGCAUUGAGAAGUUCCGCUCCGCUGCCUACUCAAACUGCUCCAGGAAGCCAUCCUGAUAAUCCCUCUCGCGCCCCCAUCCUAAUUGCUUAGAAUUCCCUUCUGCUUUCAAUUCAUCUUCCUAAAAUUUCUCUGGCUAGCUGCUUUUCUCUGACCAGCAAAGCCUUUCCUCCUCUACCAACCUUCUCAAACAAUGGCCGUCUCUGCGAUUGGGUUUGAGGGAUAUGAGAAGCGCCUGGAGAUCACCUUCUCUGAAGCGCCAGUCUUCACUGACCCCAAUGGCAGGGGAUUGCGUGCUCUCUCUCGUGCCCAGAUCGACUCGGUUCUUGAUCUUGCCAAGUGCACCAUUGUAUCUGAGCUCUCUAAUGACAAGUUUGACUCGUAUGUCCUCUCUGAAUCAAGCCUCUUCAUCUACCCGUACAAGGUUGUGAUCAAGACCUGCGGUUACACCAAGCUCCUGCUGGCCAUUCCAAGGAUUCUUGAGCUUGCUGAGGAGUUGUCCCUGCCACUUGCUGCUGUGAAGUACUCCCGUGGGACAUUCAUAUUCCCUGAGGCACAGCCUUCUCCACACAAGAACUUCUCUGAUGAGGUUGCCUUCCUGAAUGGCUACUUUGGUGGACUCAAGUCUGGCGGCAAUGCCUAUGUCAUUGGUGAUCCUGCAAAGCCAGGCCAGAAGUGGCAUGUCUACUAUGCCACCCAGCAGCCUGAGCAGCCCAUGGUCAACCUUGAGAUGUGCAUGACUGGUCUGGACAAGAAGAAAGCUUCUGUCUUCUUCAAGACCUCUGCUGAUGGCUACACAUCUUGUGCCAAGGAGAUGACCAAGCUCUCUGGCAUCUCUGAAAUAAUCCCGGAGAUGGAGAUCUGUGACUUUGAUUUCGAGCCAUGUGGCUACUCCAUGAACGCCAUCCAUGGCUCUGCUUUCUCCACCAUUCAUGUCACUCCUGAGGACGGCUUCAGCUAUGCUAGCUAUGAGGUCAUGGGGUUGGACCCUGCCUCCAUGGUGCUGAGAUCCUUUGGCCCGUCUGAAUUCUCUGUUGCUGUGACCAUCUUUGGCGGUCGCAACCUUGCUGGCACCUGGGGGGAGAGGCUGAAUGUUGGGGUCUAUGAUAGUACCAACAUGGUCGUCCAGGAGCUGCCUGACGGGGGCGCUCUCAUCUACCAGAGCUUCACUGCUGUCGGCGAAGACUCCACCGGGUCACCAAGAUCUGUCCUGAACUGCAACGUUCAUGGCAAUUUAGAGAGCGGCUCCAAGAUGGAUGCUUUCCUUUGCUGGGAAGACGAUGCUGCGCAGGAGAAGGAUGAGAGGGGGGCUGUUAAGAGGAUGAAGAGCUGCUGAUGGUGAUGCUAGCUGGUCUGAACGAGCUUGUGUUGCGUCAGUUUGUUCUUAGAGAUUUCCUGUUCCUGUCCUAUUACUUUUGUUAUGGACAAGUGACGUGAAAAUGGUUAGCGUUUUCUGCCAGUGUGAGCGAAUGUAUGGAAAUGCCUGUCUCUGGCUGCAUGGUUUAUGAAUAUAAGAAUAAGCCUUGUAUUGAGCAAAUGUUAUUUUGUUAUUUCCUGAAAGUUUUGUUAGAAGCCA